AUGAACAAUGCUCAAUGUGAAAUUCUGAAGAAGUACGGCAGUGACAGUAUAUGCAUUGAUGGAACUCAUGGAACUAAUGGUUAUCGUUUCGAGUUAAUUACACUUCUUGUGCUUGACGACAUGAGACAAGGUUUUCCUUGUGCUUUUCUUAUCUCAAACAGGUCUGAUCAAGAUGUGCUGUCAUUAUUUUUUAAUGAAAUAAAGACUAAAGUAGAAAAAGUACGUCCUCAAGUGUUCAUGUCAGAUUUAGGUGAGUCUUUUUACAAUGCUUGGCUUUCACAGAUGGAAGAACCUGUGAGAAGACUGUAUUGCUCGUGGCAUACAGACAGGGCAUGGAGGAAAACUAUAUGUAUUAAAAUCAAAUCAAAGGAAAGACAAGUUGAAACUUAUAAGCUAGUGAGAAGUUUAAUGCAGGAAAGAGACAUCAUAACAUUUGAGCACGUAUUUCCUUUAGCUCUGGAGCGCGUGGUUUCAGAUCCCGUAACAGCUGAGUUUGGGUUCUACCUCCAAGAACAUUAUGCUAAAAGCACCAGGUGCUGGACAUAUUGUUACAGAGCCAACAGUGAUAUCAAUACAAACAUGCAUAUUGAAAGGAUGCAUCGAACAAUAAAAUACAUAUAUUUGCGUGGUAAACAUGUAAAACGACUUGACAAAUCCAUUCAUGCAUUAAUGAGCUUCGUCAGGGACAAAUUACAUGACAGGCUCAUUAUUCUUACCAAGGGAAAACUGACAAGCAAACUCAAGGAUAUUCGCUCAAAGCAUGACUUAAGUUCUGAGGUGGUUCAGGAACUCAUAGUUGAAGAAGGAAAAGGCUGGCUUGUACCAUCAUCUACUUCUGAUGUGGGUGUCACUUAUUUUGUACAGCCAAAUGUGCAAGGCUGCAGCUGUAAAUUGAUUUGUAUUGACUGUCAGGGCUGCAUAGAUUCGUGCAUAGAUUCGAGUAUCAGAUGGAACAUGUGCAAACAUAUUCACUUUGUCUGCCUAUACAAAACAAGACAGUCAUCCAUUUCAGUGAACGUCAGUAAUUUUCGUGAUGUUAAUGAUGACGAGGAUAUAUUACAUAUUUAUGAAGAAGGGGAAUCAGUAGUAAGUGAAAAAGAAAGUAUAUUGGUCGAACUCAGCACAAGAAAUAUUGAAUCUUCAGAUUUAACUUAG